AUGUUGCAUUCUCCAUUGAUUGAAGAUUCGGAGGAAAAAUAAAAUGUAUUGGUGAAACACAGCAAAACGAAAACCAUAUGGAUAAUAGUGCGGUACAUAAUAUCUGACAUCACCAAGAGACCAAGAUCAUUUAAGAUCGGAUUGUUUACGAUCUAUUUGGUAGUAACCUUCUUGGCUUUGCUCGAAAGUGCAGUUCAACUCUCUCCCUUAAUAUUUAUUCAAUUGGCUGAGACUCAAUCGGGAGACAGCGACUUACUAUUCACUCCCAUGUCUUCAUUUAACAAAUCGAUCACUUACGAAUCCUCUUCCACAUUUAUCAACACCACCGAAAUUAACGAGUAUUUCAAUGAGACUGAUGGCAUCUUCGGAUCAUCGCCAAGAUGGUUAUUGACAGGUAAUCUCAUAAACAAUAAUACUCAUGUGGAGAAGAUUAAUCAGAAAUUAAGAACUUUUGUCAUCAUACUCAAUCAAACCCAAGAAAUCAGCAUAGGUUUGGGUCGCAGAUCGACUCAAAAUUACUUAACUGCAAAUCAAGUCCAGGUCUCAGCUUCCACUCUCAGAGGAUUGAAUGCCAGUGUUGGUGAUGUAUUGUAGGUGAAUAUAGAUGUGGAUGAAUUGAUCUCAUUGUUAGAUGGAAACACAAAAGGAGGAAGUGAAGACUUUUUUUAUUAAUUAAUCGAUUCGACUAUUAAUAAACCUUUAAGAAGAAUAUUCGGAGAUGAUUUUCAAAAUAAGAUUAUUUAAAGAGAAGAAAUCUAACAAGGAGCAGAAGAAGUUGUGGCUCUAGCUGAUUUGUUGGAAUCCAACUAAGAGUUGAAAAAUUUAUCCAAAGAAUACAUCGAAGAAUAUAUUAACGGUCAGGAUUUUCCUUAGGAUGAAAAGAAAUUAUUGUUAGAUAUUAUUGAUAUCGAAUACUAAAGAAAUCUAAGUGAAGAUGCCAGAACCUUAGAAAGAUUUGCUUAUAAAUUAAACGAAAGUGUUACCGUUUAUGAAAUUGAAAUGGCCAUAUCCAGUCUGGUAGCAUAAAGUGCUAAUUUCACUUUUGACGUCAUUGUCACCGAAAAGAUCGAAUCACCCAGAGGAAAAUGGCAAGAUGGAUUCAAUGCUUUGUUGAUGGAUUAACAAAAUGCAACCAAUAUCUUGGUGGAAGGACUCCUGACCAAAUUUGAAGAAGUGGUCAUUGACAAAAGAUUGAAUGAUGAUACCACAAUUGGAGCUGUUGCAGAAUUGAUACCAAUAGAUUUUGUCAAAUCAGUUGUUUGGAAUGCCUCUCAAAGGAUCUAUUUGCCAGAUUACUCAUUAGCUUAGAAUCUUAUAUUAAAAAAUAGAUUGCAAGUUUACUAAGACAAAAAUACCAUCAAAUAAGGUAUCAUAGAUGUCACCAAUUAAUUUUUUACAAAAACUGGGUUUGAUUACCCUGUUUCAGCAUCUUCAACCUUAGCAACUGCUGUUUCAAAUUACUUUAUAUUGAAAAAUUUCAUUGAUAAUCUCAUAGCAGCUGCCACAAUGAUUUUAUUAAUGCUAUCUAUUCUAUUGAUUUAUUCAUUGAUGAUAGGUGAUGUAGAUGAGAAGACUUAUGAAUUUGGUAUGUUGAGAGCCUUAGGGUUCAGAAAAUCAUGGUUAAUUGUAUUAUUACUAUUCUAAGCAUUGACAUUUGCAAUACCAGGCUUAUUAUUAGCCUUAAUUACUUGUUACAUUCUUAACUCUUUGGUAUCUAUGUUAAUAUUUGAGACUACUGACAUGGUUUCCAAUUAUGUGAUUGCAGAUCCAGCGUUAUAUCUAGCUGUGAGUUUAGGAAUAUUCAUACCUAUCAUUAGCAAUAUAUUUCCUAUCUAGAGAGCUUUAUCGAAGACAUUGCGAGACUCUUUAGAUUUGUAUCAUAGAACAAUUCAAGAAGUGAUGGUUAAUGUAGUGAAACUUGAGAAAAUGGGUAUAUCUCUUACUUAGACUUUUUGUUCUUUGCUUUUAGUUGCCAUUGGUUUUGUUAGUUAUUACUUAAUACCGAUGGCAUUCAUUUUUAAUAAUGUGACCUUGGCCUUGAAUAUUAUCAACGUCAUCUUUAUUAUCAUGAUCAUAGGAUUCAUGAUAUUAGUCAACUUGCUUUAAGGGCCAUUAGAAAGAGCCAUUUUGUAUUGUAUUUUAUGGAUUUGUAAAUUCGAUAGAAAUCUUAAAUAGAUAAUUUUUAAGAAUUUAUCAGGUCAUGCAAGCAGAAAUUGGAAAACUACAUUCAUGUAUUCACUUGCCCUGUCAUUCAUUCUAUUUGCAGGAGCAUCCCUUACGCUGGAUUCCAAAGUAAUUGGCGAUGCAUUGCAAUCAGCUUUAGGAGGAGAUGUGACUGUUAUGGUAAUACCCACUGAUAAAAUUGGUUUGGAUGAAUUCGAAAUACGUAAGCAUUUAGAGAGUGAAAGGAUUAGAGAUAACACAUUAAUUCAAGAUUAUUCAUUUAAUGCCAUUUUGUUAACUCAUUUUCCAUUUUAAGGAGGAAUUUAAUGGUUUACAACAAUGGCAACCUUUCCAUGGGCAAAAAUACGAUUAGGAGGAGUGGAACCAAACUACUUAGAAACGAUUAUGCAGGAAUAUUAUUUGCCUGAUGAUUACGAUGAUUAAGUUUCAUAUCCAAAAUUAAAGAGUGGAAAGAAAGAUGGUGUAUAUGGUCUUUAUGAUAGGAGUGGCAAUCUGGAUAUUGAGAGCUAGGAGGAUGCUAAGAAGGUUAUUACUUAAAUGACCAUACGGGAUAGAUACUACUAGGAUCUCAAUUUAUCAAGACCAAAUGUUAGAAUAGAAGAAGAUAGAGAAAUCAAUAUAAUUAUUCCGUAAGGCUAUAAAUAUGAAAUUUCUAUUGAUGUUAACACUCCAUCCUUAAUUUGGUGGGGAAGAUACUUUCGAAUUAAUGUUAGACAUACAGCCUCAAAGGUGCCUGGUUUUGAUUUCUCAUCCUACAGAUAAGUAACAAAGUUUGGAUAAGGAAUCAUUUCUAUGCCUGACUAAUUAUAUAUGGUCAAUAGAUAUUUAGGAGGAGAUAUCCGCAAUAUAUCUAGUAUUUCAAAUCCAUCGAUAAGAGAAUAUUUGAGUAAUUUGCCAAAGGGAUUGACAUAUGGAUUGCCAAAAACAAGCUUAAGAGUUAAGUUUGCAAGAUAGACUAGUAAGACUGAGAGGGUGGAUUUCUGUAAUCGAUUAAGAAACUAUUUUAGAAAUGAUUAAACAUUGCUAUUUGAUGUGAAAACUCUAAAGGAGGAAGCAGAGAAUGCCUUCUUUUAUAUUCAAAUCCUGAACAUAGUUGUUGCUGUGAUUGCCCUUACGUUAUCAUUCUUUUUAAUUCUAAUUUCAUUUGUUGGAAAUGUCAAAGACAAUUCAUGGGAAUUCGGAGUUCUUCGAGCUAUUGGAUUAAAUAAAAACCAACUUACUAGAAUCUACAUUUAUGAGGCCAUAUCCUUAAUCACCGCAUCUGGAAUACUUGGUACUUUCAUUGGAAUCUCUUUGGCCAUUUUACUGACCCUCCAAAUUCUCAUGUUCAUAGAAUUACCUUUUGUGUUGAUGUUCCCAACAGCCACAUUUUUAAUUACUUGUCUUGGAGGAUUCGUCACAGCCGUAGUCGCCAGUUACUUAGCAGUCUUGGAUAUGAAGGACAAAAGCAUUUCAGUCAUUUUAAAAGGUCUAUUGUGA